AUGGAGGCAAACGAACAAUUAGUAAGAGAAGAAAAUACACUGUUACAACAACAAAAUGCCAUCCUAAAGGCUGAAUUACAAAAACUUAAAAUGCAAGGCAUCGAUAAAACGGACCCACCCCCCACAGACCCAUUAUUUUCUCAACCUACCUCAGUAUGCAGAGUAGCCAUAAAACUUCCUCCCUUCUGGCCUGAUCGGCCUGCAAUUUGGUUUGCUCAGGUAGAGGCACAAUUCUCGAUUUCAGGCAUCUCCGCUGACCUGACUAAAUUUAACCACGUGAUUGCUCAGUUAGAUACCCGAAUUAUUGGGGAGGUAGAGGACAUUAUUCUCCAACCACCACAUGAGGACAAAUAUGGUCGCCUCAAAUCCGAGUUGAUCCGUAGGUUGUCCACGUCUGAGGAGCAACGUGUCCGGCAAUUUGUCAGUGAUGUUGAGUUGGGUGACCGCCGUCCUUCGCAGUUUUUACGUUAUCUUAGAUCAUUGGGAGGAAAAACCCUCACUGAUGAAAAUUUGCUUCGCCAGCUAUGGAUGCGUCGCCUCCCACAACAUCUCCAAGCAAUUUUGGCUGCCCAAUCAGAACUCUCGCUGGACAAAGUCGCUGAGCUAGCGGACAAAAUUUUGGAAGUUUCGCCUGGUAUGGUCGCACCUCAUUCAUCUGCUGUUUUCUCAGCAAGCACGUCUGCCGUCUCACCCCCUUCGUUAGAAGAUAUCACACGGCGUCUGGAUGAGGUCACGCGUCAGCUUGCUGUGCUUACUGCAGAGCGCGGUAGAAAUAGGACCCGGGAUUUCUCAAACCAGCGACGACGCUCACAAACGCCUGGUAAGCUUCAAAUGUGCUUUUACCAUAGGAAAUUUAAUACUAAAGCUGUUAAGUGUAUUCAACCAUGUACCUGGACGCCGCCGCCACCUUCGGAAAACGACAAAAGCAGUCAAUGA